GAACGUUAGCAGUGUGUUACGAUAAAUUUAACACGAUUUUGCAGUGUCCUGAUAAUUAUAUACACACAGAUCUUUGUGCGCAAAUUAAGCUUCGGAGUGUGACAGAUAUGACAAAAAUGUGUUGUCUUUCGUUCAACAUCGAGCGUCAUCAUUUAUUUUGUCGUUAUUUUAAUUCCAGAUGCGUAAACGGAAGUUUAAUUCUCGAAUGAAAUUCUCGUCUCGGAUUCGAGCAAGAAAUACGCGUCUUCGUGUUAUUAUAUUAUAUUCGCGACGAGCGUAGAGCUGCGCCGAAUUUGACGAGUUUCGUCGCAACAGAACGUUUGAGUAACGGAAUUCUUUUAUCUUUUCAAGCAUUUGUUUGAGCUGCGACUUGUUUUUCUCCGCGCCAAUGUCAGAAAUGCGCCGGUGCAUUCCGACAGGCCGUGUAUCGCGUUGCAAUCUUACGCGGCAUCAAGUGCGGCUCUCCCUUUACGAGAGAAGCGCGAAUUGCCUUGCACAUGCGACGUUUCACAUGCGACGUGAGUAACUAACGAUUUGCCGACAUGCCGCGCCUGAAAAAAGUGCCGAUCAAGACGAAAUGGAAUACACAUUUGGUUUGUCGCUCAGUUAUGCGACGACGUUAGUCCUCGCGCGGAAACCAUGUCGCGUGAAGUGUCGUUCCACUUGCCGUUUUGUGUUUUUCUACUUUCCUGCGCGACGAUCGUUCUCAGCAUAAAAUGCAUCGAUAGCUUACCGGAUCGCUGUUUAGAAGUGGUCAGUCUCGAUAUUGACGAGAUCGAAGAUCAUUUGUCCAAAAUUAAUCUCACGGAUGUGCCCACUGUAAAAAUGAUGGCUGCUGGAUUCAAGUGUCCGAUUUCUGCUCUGCCUUUCGGCGCGUUGAAGUCCGACUGGUCUAGGCUUAUGCUGCUUCAGGAAGCCCAACCGGACGGCUCGAUCAUCAAACGUAAACUAAUCCGAAUAAUGCGAGUUUUGAUAAUCGCUUAUUACCAGAUGGAGGAAUCUUUCGAUGUGGUCAAGUCCGGCGCGCAGAUCCUACAGCAAUCUCAGGAAAAAGAAAUGACGACCACAAAGGUCGAAGUCACCACGGCAAAAGUGGUUCCUUCGAGCUCGAGGGAGCUCAAUGCAACGACGAGGAUAAGUUUCGUUCCGAUCGAGAUAAGAAUUCCGAACGUCACGUCGCCGAUUGAUCUCGGCGCGGUAAACGCGCGAUAUCAUCCCGUAGGUACCCUCAAAACUGCCGCCACCGCGGUCGCGGGGAACGCCGCUUCCAGGACUCUCGAUAAUUGCCUGAGGCAGUCCCUGAAGGACGUCCUGUCGCGGAAUCGUCCGAAUCGAACGAGCCACGGCGACGUCGUGUUCGAGCGCUUGAAGGGCAAAAAGUACGACGAGCGUGCGGCCCGGCGGCGUAAUGAAAUCAACGGGCGCGCGAAAAAUGCCGACGUCCCGGCGAAGGUAUCGCCGGUGGUAAACGAUCUUUGGAGGUACGCGCACUUUCCUACGGAAGCGUCGUUAAACAUCUCCGCUAAUGCGCCACUUUAUCGAGUGCGCGAAUUAAAUGGAUUCAAAACGAAUACCUGGAAAUCGUGGAGACGCGUGGGCUUGAACAGCGACGGCCGUACGAGAGCCACGGUCAAUUUUGCGACACCUGACAAAAAUAAAGAGAAAUCAAAAAGUCGCUAGGAGAUACGUGGGCAAUAAAAGUGAUAUCGCGAUCGAGCGUGCAGGGAAAAGGUGACGAGACGACCCUCGGUAUUAUCGCUGAAAAGAUGCAAUACUCACCAUUUUUUUCGCAUUCCGCAUUACGCUUCCCCGCGAUGUUCCAUCAUUCGGCGGGCCAGACGUUGCCGCGCCAAUAGCGGACGACGCACGCACAUCUUUUUCGCAGCAAAUCUCAAUAAAAUUGGUUUUUCGAUA